CUUGAACACCCCCAGGAUGAAUGAGGGGGCGUGGUUGUGGUGGAGCCAUGGCGUUCCCUGUCCACGAAGCUACAAUACUCUUGAGCCGAGUGUGAAUUAAAUGUCCCUUAAUUUCGUAAAAUAAACACCAACAUUUGAAGUACAUUACAUUCAAGACCUAAUCAUGGGCACCGUUCACGCGAGGGUAAGGAUAACUGCUUAAAAUGCAAAGGGUGAAAGCAUGACCUCUGAGUACAGUAGCCGUAAUAGCUAGCGUAGUCAUAGCACGCAAAGCGAAAGGGGCCCAGUUGGACAGCUUGCCAACUAUGGCAGCUAGCUAAACUCCAGAAACACGAACUGUCCAUACCUUGUCACUAAGUGAAGGAAAUUAACAUGUUCAAAUGCUGCAUAGUUGCAACAACAGCACCGGUGUAGCGCGCGCACUACAGCCACUGAUCAUAUGCAUGGGGGUUCAUUAACCAUUUGCAUUAUUAGAUGCUUAAAACCACAGUCUGAAAUUUCCAGUAAAUUCAACUAAUUACAUUUUGAAGAAUGUGACUUGUAAAUACCAGUCUUGUGGUCAGGUGCCACGAAGAGGGACUUACGAAAAUUACAAUUGGCCCAGAACAGGGCAGCACGGCUGGCCCUUAAAUGUACAAGGAGAGCUAACAUUAAUAUGCAUGUCAAUCUCUCCUGGCUCAAAGUAGAGUUUGACUUCAUCACUACUUGUCUUUGUGAGAAAUAUUGACAUGUUGAAUGCACCGAGCUGUCUGUUUAAACUACUAGCACACAGCUCAGACACCCAUGCAUCAGUGGAGGCUGCUGAGGGGAGGACUGCUCAUAAUAAUGGCUGGAACUGAGAGAAUGGAAUGGCAUCAAACACAUGGAAACCAUGUGUUUGAUUUAUUUGAUAACAUUAUACUUAUUCCGCUCCAGCCAUUACCACGAGCCCGUUCUCCCCAAUUAAUGUGGCACCAACCUCCUGUGCCAUGCAUACCCCACAAGACAUUCCACCAGAGGUCUCUAAACAGUCCCCAAGUCCAGAACAGACUAUAGGAGGCGCACAGUACUACAUAGAGCCACGACUACAUGGAACUCUAUUCCACAUCAAGUAACUCAUGCAAGCAGUAAAAUCUGAUUUUUAAAAACACAUAAGAAUACACCUUAUGGAACAGUGGGCACUGUGAAGAGACACACACACUUGUACAGACACACACAUGAUAACAUACCCACUAUACACACACGUACACAUGGAUUUUGUGUUGUAAAUAUGUGGUAGUAGAGUAGAGGCCUGAGGGCACACACUUAAUGUGUUGUGAAAUGUAAUAUAUUGCAAAUUGUAUAUAACUGCCUUAAUUUUGCUGGACCCCAGGAAGAGUUGCUGCUGCCUUUGCAGCAGCUAAUGGGGAUCCAUAAUAAAUACAAAUACAAAUGUUGAGAUUAACUAGUACCUUAUCAUAAUGACCAAAACACUAAAGCCACCUAACUACCUGUUCAGCUAAUGAGUUUUGUACAGAUAUCUUUACAAUACAAUAUAUAGCCUGAUAAGUAAUCGUAUUCAUCACUAACUCUGAUGUGUUGCAGAGUCUUGAUCCUCUGCCAAUGCAUGGACCCGAGCUGGGGUUUCAUGCAGAUGACAUUGAGACGCCAGAUAUGGAGCAGGAGUCAAAACAAGAGGUCCUUGAAAACAAAGAUGUAAGGUGUUUUGGUAACUCAGUCCUGAAUGAAAACCACAUUGGCUCAAGUUGUUACUUAAUCCAAUAUAAUUUCUGUUUGGUUGAAUGUAAAAGUUACCUUUUAUUGUUGCCUGUCAAUGCAGAUUAUAAUUCCUUUAUAUAUAUUUGUCCUAUAGGUCAUAGUCCAACGUGUACACAUAGAUGGUCUCGGAAGAACCAAGGAGGAUUGCUUAACAUACGAGAUUGCUGAUGUCUUCCGAGCCAAGAACUUGAUUGACGUGAGUGAAUCUAUCAGUACAGUACAGACCAUGGAUUUUCGUGUGGAGUCUGUAUAGAGACUGUAGCAAAAGUAUGAUCAACUUUGUUUACUGUUUGUUCUAGGUCAUGAAGAGAGCCCACGAAGCCAGGCAGAAGCUCCUACGUCUUGGUAUCUUCAGACAAGUGGAGGUUGUCAUCGAUACCUCACAAGGUACUGUGGUUAGAAAGGUGAUCUAUUCUGAAUCUGAACAGUAUCUGUCCAAAGUUUAGUAUGUUACUUUGGAAGAGACUUAAAUGAAUGGGAAAGUGGGUAAAGCACUCACAACAAAACAAUACUUCCUUUCAGGGGUGGAUGCUUUACCUAAUGGACUAGAUGUGACGUUUGAUGUGACUGAGCUGAAACGUAUGACUGGUAGCUAUAACACCAUGGUUGGAAAUAACGAAGGCUGCAUGGUGAGAACUCCUGAGUGAUGGGCUCUAUUCAGUGCAUCGUUUCAAUUCAUUUCUCACAUCCUAUCUCCUCGCCUGCUUCUCAACCGUAUUGGAGGAGAAGGUCCAAAGCCCCUCCCCCUAGGACCUUCUCCAAUGCAUUUGAGAAGGAAGCGAGGAGAGCGGAUACCAGGAAUCGAGGAAAGAUUAAUUUAGAAAGAGCCAUGGUGGUGAUUACAAGUGCUAUUGCGGUACCGUCCUCUGUUGUCAUGUUUUUACUAGUUUACCUGCCUCCUACUUUAGGUUCUUGGUCUGAAGCUGCCCAAUGUCUUCGGUCGUGCAGAAAAGCUCACCUUCCAGUUCUCCUACGGCACCAAAGAAACUUCCUAUGGGCUGUCGUUCUUCAAGCCCCAACCUGGCCACUUUGAGCGCAAGUAUGAGAAAAACCAAGCUGCUAAUUCCAUCAUUAGCAAUGCUUGAAAAACUGUGAAUUGUGUUGUUGUUUAUUUUGUAUUUCCCUGAGCUCUUUUUGUCGUAUCUAUCUAAUUGACUUUCUCUGGCUGUUGCAGUUUCGCCGUCAACUUGUACAAAGUUGCAGGCCAAUUUCCAUGGAGCUCGCUGAGAGAGACUGAUCGUGGCGUCUCCACAGAAUUCAGUGUAAAGAUCAUUUCCCAUUAAUUCAUCAUUACUGUACAAGGUCUCGUGUGGUAUACUCCUGUGCUCUGUGUUACCUCCGGACUCUAUGUGAAAUAACCAAAGUGAUUGUUUUAUUUUUGCUGUUGUUAUGCUAACUAAUAUGAGUAGAAUUGAAUUUCUCAGCUAUUUUACUAUUCAAUUUCAUCCUACUGUAAUGCUUUUGCAAAUGCUUGAUCCUCUCUGGUUUCUUCCUUACUGUUUUGCAUACAAACAGUUCCCUCUCUGGAAGACAAACCACACCCUGAAGUGGGAGGGUGUGUGGCGAGAGCUGGGCUGUCUGACGCGUACUGCAUCGUUUGUAGUCCGGGAGGAGAGCGGCCACUCCCUCAAGUCAUCACUCUCGGUAACGGGACUUCAGUUUCGCUUCACAAUCCCCCCACAACUACCUUUAGUACCAGGGAUUUAUUUAUUAUUUUUAUUUAACCGUUAUUUAACCAGGAAAAGCCCAUUGAGACCCAGAGUCUCUUUUUCAAGGGAGACCUGGCCAAGAAGGCAGCAACAAUCAAUACAUUACAGAAUUAAAAACAUACAAUACAAUUCAACAACAUGAUCCAGACUUUUUUAAAAGCAUUUACACUCCUCUGUGACAGUCUCCCAUCAAAAUGUUGAAUUCAUUCAGUGGCACUGACAUAUCUAGAUGAAGCAUGGAUUGUAGACUAUUCCAUGCCUCUGGUGCACAAAACAAGAAGGCAGUCUUGCCUAAUCAUGAUAAUACAUUUGAGCCCAAAUCCUAUUUUGAGAUCUGUACACUUAAUUUGGACUUUUGUGCAGAUCUUGCAUUGAUGAUGUCAAUGGGAAAUGUGUGCAAAAAUGUGUUUUGCGCAGGUGGAUCUCAAGUUAGGAUUUGACCCACUGAGACAUUUGAGACAAUACUUUUCAUCAACAUGUCUCCUCUCCUUUGCAAUCAUAGCACUCCAUGGUCAUCGACACCAGAAACUCUGCAAUCCUUCCCAGGAGUGGUGCCUUGCUGAAGAUCAACCAGGUGUUUAGGUUUACAUUACCUGGCCAGUGUUGCAGCCAGUAAUAAUUUCCUAUUUAAACCAUUUCCCAAACCAUGUUGAACCAACAACACAUUCAGCUGAUGCAUUGUUGUGGUUUUGCAGGAGUUGGCUGGAUACACUGGAGGAGAUGCCAGCUUCCUGAAAGAGGACUUUGAGAUCCAGUUUAACAGACGUCUCUUCUGGGACUCGGUGAGAACCUCAAUUGUUUUAUUUAUCAAGAAGAAAUGUGUGUGUGAACUUUAGUUACACACAUGGAUCUAAAGUUGGAAUGCAGUCUGAGUAUUGAACUGGUAAUAAUCACUUUUACAGUAAACACAAGUUAUAACCAACAGCUUGUUGAUGGAGGGUUGACAAAUGGUUGUGGUCAGGUUGGAAUAAAUGUGGGAUAAAAGAGCAAGUGGGAGAGCACCUUUGAUGAGACCUCUUCCUCUAUCUUCCAGGUCCUGUCUGCAUCUCUCUGGGGGGGGUGCCUCCUGCCCAUUGGAGAUAAGCCAACUUGCAUUGCUGACAGGUAAGACAGUACUCUCUAUUCCACAAUACCGCCACUGAAAAGCAGGGAUGUCAAACAUGGCCCGCGAGACGAUUUAACGUGGCCUCCCAUGUUAUCUGUAUAUUAGGAUGUUUCUUGACCCUUUAAUGGUUUUCUACCUGCAACUGCUUGGUGUCCGACCACAAGGCGCUACAGAGGGUAGUGCGUACGGCCCAGUACAUCACUGGGGCCGAGCUCCCUGCCAUCCAGGACCUCUAUACCAGGCGGUGUCAGAGGAAGGCCCUAAAAAUUGCCAUACUCCAGCCACCCAGUUCUCUCUUUUAGCGCACGGCAAGCGGUACCGAGUCUUGGAACCAACAGGACCCUGAACAGCUUCUACCCCCAAGCCAUAAGACUGCUAAACAGUUAGUCUGAGUAGCUAUUGGUUAACUAUUUAACUAUCUGCAUUGACCCGUUUUGCACUAAUUAUUUUGACUCAUCACAUACGCUGCUGUUACUGUUUAUUAACUAUCCUGUUGCCUAGUCACUUUAUCCCUACAUAUAUACCUCAAUUGCCUCGUACCCCUGCAUACAGCCAAGUUAUCAUUACUCAUUGUGUAUUUAUUCCUUAUGUUGUUAUUUUUAUAUUAUUUCAAUUUUUUCCCUCUCUGCAUUGUUGAGAAGGGCCUGUAAGUAAGCAUUUCACUGUUAGUCUACACCUGUUGUUGACGAAGCUUGUGACAAAUACAAUAUGAUUUGAUUUUUGAUCUACAUUUACAUUUACAUUUUAGUCAUUUAGCAGACGCUCUUAUCCAGAGCGACUUACAGGAUCAAUUAGGGUAAAGUGCCUUGCUCAAGGGCACAUCGACAGAUUUGUCACCUAGUCGGCUCGGGGAUUAGAACCAGCGACCUUUCGGUUACUGGCACUACGCUCUUAACCACUAAGCUACCUGCCGCCCCUAUGUGUCUCUUAGGUUCUAUCUCGGUGGUCCUACUAGCGUCAGGGGAUUCAGUAUGUACAGCAUCGGCCCUCAGAGUGAAGGUGAGAUGUUAUCCACUGUCCGUUUCAAUAAAGUCCCAUUUAAGAUAGGUUACAUUCUCACAUCACGUGUGGUUUUAUUGUUGGUAUGACAGGUGACUACCUGGGAGGUGAGGCGUAUUGGGCUGGAGCCGUCCACCUGUAUACUCCACUGCCUUUCCGUCCAGGCAAAGGGGGCUUCGGAGACCUCUUCAGGACCCACUUCUUCCUAAAUGCCGGGAACCUGUGUAACCUCAACUAUGGUGGGUGUUUAAAGAUGUAAUUCACCCCACAAUCAAUGUUGUUCAAAUUCAUCCGUAGGAGAAAUCUGUAGGACUCAAUCACCAUUAUAUUGGAAGGAAUGGCCACCACCUAAUAAUAAUCAGUCUUUUUUAUGACAACUUAGUCAUAUGGUAUUUGGGUCAGGUAUUGGUUUAAACCCACUCAAUUUACAAUGGUCUGUUCUGGGACUUUAUACAGGGAAAGAGAAUCCUCUGUGCUUUUCAGUCCUCUAGGUCAGUGGUUCCCAAACUGUGGGGCGCGCCCCCUAGGGCAACUCAGUCCGGCUUUCAACCUACUCUUGAAAGUUGUAAUAGUAGAAUGCACAAGGUGCAAUUUCGAGAUUGGGUAGUGCAUCAUCAGUUCCUCUUGUCAUGUUAGUCAUUGCAAACCUUAGAGAGCUAUUAAUAACUUGUCAGAAAUUUCCAGAUCAAAUCUUUUUUUCAGCUGUGUUUUCUUAGCCCAUAGAUUUUGUAGUAAUGUUUGAGUCACUCAAAUAUCACAUGAAUACACAUUAGACAUGGCAAAAUCUAUAGAAUUGCAAGACAAUUAGCUUUAAAACUGCAAAAUGUUCUCUGCACCCCAUGACAAAAUGUGUAGAAUUGCAGCAACAGUGCUUGUGCCCAUAGAAAUAGACCUGGCGCGCGCGCACAGGGAUGGAAGGGGAGCCUGAGUGAAAACGUCUGGGAACCCCUGCCCUGGCUUUACUCAGGAUGUGUGUGUUUUCCAGUAGGUGACGGGCCUCAAGCACACCUGAGGAAACUGGCAGAGUGUAUCCGCUGGUCUUACGGAGUGGGAAUCGUGCUGCGACUAGGAAACAUUGCCCGGCUGGAGCUCAACUAUUGCAUUCCCAUGGGCGUCCAGAGUGGAGAC